AUCGAAGUUUAUUAAUGAAUUCAGUUUAUUUUUAUUGUUUGUGCAACAUCAUACCAAAUGAAACAAAGUCUUUCGAGAUUUUCAACAGAUUAGUGUAAAAAAAUAGUAGAUGUGAGAAAACAAAUAGAUAAAACAAAACAGAUCACAUAUUUAGUGCAAUAAUAUAAAACACAAAACAUCAACAGCUCUUCAACAUUAUGAUAGCUUUGUCCUCUGCAGGGCCCCCUGUCUGCCAUGUUGCAGAUGAAGCACCAUGCUGAGUUUCAGUACAUCAGCCCACUCUGAACCACAGCUUUGAAGAUUAUUGUGGAUUCUAAUAUUGGGAGAUGUUUGAAUCAGUUUCCUCGCAGCUCAGUUAUCUUGUCUGACACAAUACUGUGUCUACUAUCCACAGACAAACAUACAACUCAAUAACAGGAGAUAUUUUCCAUGUGGCUUUGUUAAACAUUGUAAAUUACUGACUGAAGCCCAGGUAUUUUCCAAGAGGAGGAUUGAUGUUUUAUCACAAGUUUGGUAAGAUAAUCCCCACAAUGCUGCUGAUACUCAUCUGUGUAAACAUAUAUGGUUCUCUUUAUUAAUACUUUAUUUAUACAGGGCACUACAGCUUAGUAUACUGCAGCAUUUGUAGUGGAAGAUAAUCAGUCACCAGUAAGGACGUUUGGUUACAUAAAAACAUAAAGGACAACUUCAAUGACAGAAACAUACUAUUAAAAUCAAGCAAUACUAAAAGAAAAAUAAUUAAUUACAACGUUAUCUGAUUAAGAGAACAAAAAUGACCUGCUAUUAAAAUUUCUAUGCUCAUAUAGUCAGCUCUGGAGAAAAUGUUAAUAAGGACAUUUUGAGUGAAUCAGAAUAACAAAACUGUUGCUUUAAAAAACCAAUUAUGUUUAAAAUAAUUAUGUGGGCACAAAUUCCAGUCAUUAAUAUUAUGUGCUUGUAAACCAGACUGCAUUGCUGUGAAUUAGGGUUUGUAAAAAGAAAAAAAAAAACUGGGAAUUUCAGCUUUGUGCAUGUGUAGAAAAUAAUGUGUGUGUAAAACAGAUUUGUACUUGUAAAAAAUAAUUACAGAAAUUGCAAAUUUUCUUUGUGAAGGUCUGUUUACAGAUCCAAAGCUAAAAGCUACGUGUAAAACUCUGUGCUCAUGUUCACCAAUGUCAGUGUGAGUUUCAGCUUGCAAGCACGAAUUUUGACCAGAACUUUCUUCCCCUCAGCCGAUUGGUUGAUGUCAAGUCAAUCACAAAUGUAACCGUCCAAUCAGAAAUACUGAAAAAUGGCAAGAAGAAAUAUUGUGCUACAAGAAAGCCAUAAGAAAAACUUAGACAGGGGGUUCGGCGUGUGGUUGUAUAGGUAAAGCAUGCACACCAUAUACAGAGGCUAUGAGUCCUCGAUGCAGCCAUCUGGGGUUCAAUUCCCGACCCUGGGACCUUUGCCGCAUGUCUUCUCCCAUUCUGUCUCUGUCUAUUUCCUCUUUGUGUCUUGGUCAGAUGAGAUCUAAGUCCCCUGGACAGAUGAGACGAAAAUGUAACUUUCUGUCCUACAAGCGAAAUACUAUGUCUGGCAGAAAACUAACACUGCUCUUCACAUUCAACACAACAUCCCCUAGAUGAAAAGCAGUGGUGGCACUAUUAUGCUGUGGGGAUGCUUGUGUUCAGCGGGAAUAGCUUGUUAGAGUUGUCGAGAAGGUGGAUGGGGAUAAAUAUACGGGAAGAAAACCUGCUAGAGGCUGCACAUUUUUGAGACUGGGGACAAUGUUAAUCUUCUAGCAGGACAACAAAUCUAGACAUCCAGCCAGAGCUGCAAUGGAAUGGUUUAGACCAAAGCAUAUUCAUGUGUUAGAAUGGCCCAGUCAAAGUCCAGACCUAAAUAGUUGAAAAUCACUUGCAAGACUUGAGCAGUCCUUAAAAAGGUUUGCUGCGGUAACUCCAACAGAAUGUGGUUGUAUCAAACAGGUGGACUGAAUACUUUGUUGGGCCACACUGUUGAGAUUUGAUCAGUAAAAAGAUUUUAAAGGUAUGUUACUUCCACUUUACAAUUAUGAAUAUUAGCGUUGGCCUUUUACAUAAAAUCCCAAUAAAAUACAUAGAAGUUUGAGAUUGUAACAUGAAAAACCUGUGAGAAGGUUCAAGAGGUAUGAAUACUUUUACACAGUAAAGACACAGUAAAAUCUCGGUUUGUUCUGAGAUAUAACCUUACAUUUGUACAUUUCUGUAUCUUCUCUUUAACAAAAUAACCAAUUGUUUUAUGUUGUUUGGAUUGAACUGGAUCGUAGUUUAUCCACUGAAUCGUUUGACUUUUGAAGCUGUUUUUAGCGUUAGAUGUUAGCUUUGUUUCCGGACUUUUUUCAUCUUUAUAAGUCUCACAGUUUAUGAUGUAGUUAUAAAUGUCAGCAGUCAGACAAAACGCCCUUCAUCACUCACUGCUCUAAGCCGGAGCACACGUUACAUAAAGUGGCUAUCCAACCCCACGUCACGCAGAGAAACGGGUUUAUAAACUUCUUCUGUGGGCUGUGGGAUCAGACUGAACUGCGGCAUCAUGAGUCUCAUCGUGGACCUGCUGCUGAUGCUCAUCGAUGUUACCUACUCCAUUUUGUGCGCCGUGGUGCGCACCUUCCUCCAUCCCAGGCUGAAGAGCAUCGACGGGGAGCUGUGUCUGAUCACGGGAGCCGGGGGCGUCCUGGGUCGACUCUUUGCCCUGGAGUUUGCCAAAGAGGGGGCGCACCUCAUCCUGUGGGACUGUAACACGGCUGCCAACGAGCAGACAGCGCAACUGGCUCGGAAGCUGGGAGUGGAAGUGCGCACCUACACCGUGGACCUCUCCAAGCGCCAGAGCAUCUACGAGACGGCUGGGAGGGUGAGAUCGGAGGUCGGGGACGUGUCUAUCCUGGUCAACAAUGCGGGGGUGGUGGCCGGACAGAGGCUGCUGGAGUGUCCGGACGAGCUUCUGGAGAGGUCUCUGCUGGUGAACUGCCAUGCGCUGUUUUGGAUGACAAAAGCCUUCCUGCCUCAGAUGAAAGCAAGAAACCACGGCCACAUUGUCACCAUUGCCAGUGCCCUGGGAUUGUUCACCACAGCAUUUGUAGAGGAUUACUGUGCCAGUAAGUUUGGUGCUGUCGGUUUCCACGAGUCACUGGCACACGAGCUGCGAGCAGAAAACCAUUAUGGCAUCAAAACCACUUUGGUGUGCCCCUACAUUAUAGACACAGGGAUGUUUGCAGGCUGUGAGAUCAGGAAAGAGAUUCAGAGUCUGAUUCCUCCACUUGAGCCUCUUUAUACGGCCCAGCAAUCCAUGAAAGCCAUCCUAGGAGAGCAGGAAAUGGUCUGCAUUCCUCGCAUUAUGUACAUCCCGUUCAUCGCAAGAGCGUUGUUGCCUUGGGAGGCCAACAUUGUGACGUAUCGGUUUAUGGGAGGUGAUAAGUGCAUGCUACCAUUCAUCAAGAACGCUGAGAUGAAGACCUUGAAUGGUCACAUGAAAUCUUCCAAUGAUGCCUUCUAGUGUUUUUGAAUGGACUGGUGCAAACGCCAAAGGCUUGCUGUGCAUUUUGGAUUACAGUGCAGGCCCUGGUACAGAUGUGCAAAAAGCUUUAAAAAAAAAUUAUUCUUUUAUUGAAGUAGCAUAAUCUCACAUUGAAAAUGUUUAAAAUAUUCAAACUUUCUCACAGGGGAGAAACAAGUUCAAUGUUAAUAUUUGUUUAAUCUCCGGUGGAACAAUUAUUGGCACCCCGCUGGUCUGGGCUAAGAAGAACCAGACUGUUCUUCUUAGCCGGGUCUAAAGUCCUCUUUUCAGAAGAGUUUCCAGUCAGUAAAGUCAGUAUUUAGGGUGCCAUGUCAUCUGCUUGUGUUGGUCCAAUGCGUUUUCUGAAGUCCAGAGUCAACGUAGCCAUUUACCAGAACAUUAUAGAGCACUUCAUGCUUCCCUCCUUUCGUUUUCCAGCAGGACCUGGAACCGGCCCACUCUGCCAAAGGUACUAAAAUCUGGUUGAAUGACCAUGGUGUUACUGAGCUUGACUGGUCAGCUAAUCUUGUAUUGUCAAGAGCAAGAUGAGAGACACCAGAACCAACAAUACAGAUGAUCAGAAGAUUGCCAUCAAAGCAACCUGGGCUUCAAUCACAUCUCAGCAGAACCACAGACUGAUCGCCUCCAUGUCACGCCACACUGAUGCAGUAAUUCAUGUAAAGGAGGCCCAACAAAGUAUUAAGUCCAGAAAGGAAAAUUUUUCAGAAGCCUGAAAUUUCUGUUUAAAACAUCUUAUUCUAAUUUUUGAGACUAAAUUGUGUUUUUAUAAUCUUUAAGCCAUAAUAAUUAAAAAUUGCAAGAAAUAAAGGAUUAAAAUAUU